AUAACUUUCGAGGUUUACGUAAUGGAUAGCGCCGACAUAAAGCUGCAAGCGGCAGAGUAAAGGGACUCAAGGGCACCUGGUCGGCUGAGGGGGCAGAAAGGAUCUAAAGCAAAAGACUCCUGGUGCAAAAGAAAAAGUAGUCAACCUGUUCUAGCUGUUUUAAGUGAAGAGUCCUGUAAUGCACCAAUGGACCAGGCAAGGUCAACAAUAAAUAAAAUUUUCAAUGGAGAGCCGCACUCGUACACGCGCUUCAACCUGACGCAGAACAUGGAGGGCGACAACAGCCACGUGGAGAUGAAGCUGUCGUCCGACAUGGACGAGGAGGCUGGCGGGAACGGAGUGGGCGAACACCUCAACCACACCGCCAACAGCAAACCCUACAUCAGCCAAAAGCUCGGGCGCACGCCCAAGAACCUCUGCUUCACGGCGGCUGCGGUCUUCCUCAUCUUCAUCAUCGGCUUCUUGAUUGGCUAUGCGGUAAAUCAGAAAAAGGAGCCGGCUCCCGUCUGUGCCGCCUCCGUCUCCUCCUCCGAUACCACCUACACUCACGAGACUGGUGCCGCCCCCCUCAUGGACUGGGACGAUGUCAAGGGGCUCCUCACUCAGAAACUCACCACCAACAAACUAGAAAAGGCCUUCAAUGAGUUUUCCAAAGACGACCACAGGGCGGGCUCUCGCGGGGACGAAGAACUAGCCAACAAGGUGAUCGACUACUUCAAUCUCUACGGCAUGACCACCUGGACUGACGAGCACUUCGUCAAGGUUCACGACCCCCCAGCUUCUGGCUUCAAUAGAAUACGCUACAAGGACGGAGCAGAGGAGAGUCCAAAGGGGUAUCUGUCCUACAGCGCCAACGGAUCAGUAACGGGACCGGCACUUUAUGCUCACUAUGGCCAAGAGAGUGAAUUCAGGCUGCUGCGCGACAAAAACAUCAACAUGACUGGACGGGUCAUGUUAAUCCGGACCGGAAAGAUCAGCUUCGCUGAGAAGGUAGCUAACGCUGCCAAAAUGGGCGCCUCUGCUGUGCUGAUCUACCCAGACCCUACUGAUAAUACUAUUGACGAAAACACUGAACUUUAUGGACAUGUCCACAUGGGUACCGGCGAUCCAUACACGCCAGGCUUUCCCUCCUUCAACCACACACAGUUCCCUCCUGUGCAGUCGUCCGGCCUGCCCGCCAUCCUGGCUCAGACCAUCACACGCGCCAUGGCAACCAAAAUUCUGGGUAAGCUCGGGGGUCAGAGUAUCCCUCAAGGAUGGGGCGCUUACAAGAAGCUGGGAGAUGAGAGCGACACCAUCACUGUAGAGGUCAGAAACGUUCUGGUGGAGAAGAAGAUCCAUAACGUGUUUGGGGUCAUCAAAGGCUUUGUGGAUUCGGACCGGUACGUGGUCAUCGGCGCCCAGAGGGACGCUUGGGGGCCAGGCUUCGCCGCUUCGACUGUCGGCACCAGUGUCCUUGUCGAGCUGGCACGCUCCAUCUCUGACAUGUUGAAGAAUGACGGAUUCAAACCCAGAAGGAGCAUCGUGUUCGCCAGCUGGAGUGCUGGAGAAUAUGGGAGCGUUGGCGCCACCGAGUGGUUGGAGGGAUAUUUGUCAUCUCUGAGCAUGAAGGCCUUCUCCUACAUCAACCUGGAUGGAAUUGUUGCAGGUCGGAAUGGGUUUAAAGUGGCAGCCAGUCCCUUGAUGUACAGCUUCGUUGAGAAUGCAUUAAAAGAGGUGUACAACAAGGACUCAUCGCUCUAUAAUCUGUAUGGAAAGAAGGACUGGGAAUCAAAUCUCAUGGAGCCGAUAAAGCUGGACGAUUCUGCGUAUCCUUUCAUCGCCUUUUCUGGCAUUCCGUCCGUCUCCUUCAGAUUCACCCCCAGUAACUCUGAUUACCAUUACUUUCGGACAAUGCUGGACACCAGACAGAAGCUGAACGCCGCCACGUCCAUCCAGGUGGCUGAGCUGGCCGUGACCGCAGGCCGCUUUGCAGGUCACAUCGCGCUGAGGCAGGUGCACGACCACCUGCUGCAGAUGGACCUGAUGAGAUACAACAAGAUUAUACGCACUCAAGUGGCGAGGAUCAACGGGAAGGUCAAAGAGAUUCAGAGGAUGCAGCCUCAGGUGCUCCCCUCGGCGCUGACGGUGCAGUGGCUGAUCUCGGCCUCAGGCUCCUACAGCCGCGCCGCCCGCAGUCUAGAAGCUGACAUCCAGAACAGCGACCUGGAGGACAUCCAGAUGUGUCGCGUCAUCAACGACCGCAUUAUGACGGUGGAAAAGAACUUUCUGUCUCCCUACGUGUCUCCCAGCGAGAGCCCCUUUCGCCACGUCCUGCUUGGCUCCGGCCCGCACACCCUCAAAGCUCUGGCCGACCACCUGGACGCUCUGAAGACGGAGGACCCUGAAGCCGACGCCAACCUGUUCCGUAGCCAGUUUGCCAUGACGACCUGGACCAUCCAGGGCUGUGCCAACACCCUCGCCGGAAACAUCUGGUCUCUGGAUAAUGAAAUCUAAAGACGACUGUCUCCUCCCGCCACUUUGCUCUGGUUCUGAGUGUUACAACUCGCCGUUUGAAAACCCGGCAGAGAAUUUGAAAUGAACCAGAUAAAGAGCCACUUUCCGCCUUUAAAAAUACGAGACAAAUCAUUUCUAAUUUGAAAAAAAAAACAUUCUUAAAAACCCAUAUUCUACUUAAAUAAGUGAAGAACACAUUAUAGAAGUGAACACUGAAGGGCAAAAGGGGCCGAAUCCUUCCGCCUCCACAGCCCCAUCAUCAAACUUCAGCUGCUCUCUUUCCUCUCCUUCACACCAUAUGGGCUCUGUAAAGCAGCUGAUUGCUUUCAGAAGGUGCAGAAAGGGCGCAUAUGUUUCCCACAAUCCCGUUCCCCUCCGAUCCGUACCGACCUCUCACGAAGCCAGGGAGCGUCCUCAAACAUAGCACUGAAACCGUACGUCUAUUUAUUGUCUUUUUAUUUAUUUAUCAGUGGCAGCGUUCACUAUAAAUAUUUUUUAUCGCCUUUUAUAAGAUCUAAUUAUCGGAAGCAGUGCCUUCCAUAAUAAUGACAGUUAUACUGUCGAAAUGACAAAGCAGCAUCUGCUUACGGGAGUGUGCGCGCCGAGCUGACAGGCCAUACCGAGCGGCGCUCUGUUUUUUUUAUUUGUUUUUUUUUCACUGAACUGACACCAGAGUGGCUCACGUCACACCCGACCAGCACCUCUGAGCGCCGGUCGGUACCGGCUCCUUGGUUUGGCGCACACGUCCCAUCCUGACAGCAUUAUCGGGAGCAGCGUCUUCCAUAAUACGAAACAAAAGAAGGUAGUUUUUGCCUACCAGUGUGUGUUUGUAUCGGAGGCAGUGCCCUCCAUAUUUCACUGUAGGGGGGAGGUUUUUUUUUUUUUUUAUUAUCGGGAACAGUGUUUCUCAUAAUUUGUAUAUACAGAACCAGCUUUGUAGAUGUCACUCGCAUCUUUAUGUCUUUGUGUGAACCUUCGAAGUGUUUUUUUUUUUUUUUUUUUUUGAAUUGAGGUCUAAAGUUUUAAAGAAGUUGGUUUGAAUCUUUGUUUGUGUGUCUGAAACUGCUAAUUCAGGUUGUUCAGUUAAAACAGAAAUCAUUUUACAAAUGGAUUUUUUUUCCCCAAAUCGUUGUCCAACAUUUCCAUAAAAGAAUCUUAUUUUUGAUUCCAUCUGUUUAAAAAAUGCAGUUAGUAUUUCUAUUUAAUGAUCUUUGUGCCUUUUAGAGCUGUGUUUCCUCACUCAACACUUGAAUAGACAAAUUCUGGCCUGCAUGAAGUUUUGUUUUCCUUUUUGUCUUGAUGUCAGCUGUAAUCAAAAGUUACUGAUCUAAGAACUUGUUGCGUUACCUAAAGAUGACAAUAUGGGGAGGGAUUUGUCACUGUUGCUGGGUAUGAAUUUCUAGCUUAAAACUGAUACAAAUUGAGUAAAAUUGGCUUUUUAAUUAUACUCAAAAAGAUCAUUUUAAUCUGCUGUAAAGUGCACCUCCCCUAUAAAUAUCAGUAAAAUUGCGUGAACUUGAAUGUUUGCUCAGCUCUUUAAAAUGACGCUUGUUAAAAAUCUGGUGUUAGUUUAUUUGUUUUGUUUUGUUCCUGGCAAAUUUUUGGAACCCGGCCUCGACAUGUCGUUGCAAUAAAAGAGUCACAUCCCAACCUC